AUGGAAUCUGAACGCCGCUCCGCCAUCCUCAACCAAAUCCUCGAGCCCGAAGCCGUUGACCGUCUCAAUCGCAUCCGCCUCGUAAAGGAAUCGCGCGCCGCCGAUAUUGAGAGCCGAUUGAUCAUGCUCGCACAGACAGGCCAGCUCCGCCAGAAGGUUACCGAGGAGCAGCUUAAGGACCUGCUGAAUGCAAUUUCGGAGAACCAGCGCAAGGCUGAGGAGGAAAGCAAGAUUGUUAUUAGCCGGCGGAAAGGUGGUUGGGAUGAUGAUGAUGAUUUGUUGGAUCUGUAG